CAUCGCGGCAGCAUACUUGUUCUAGUUGCCUGUUUCUGUAUGUCCUGGCUGGUUCAAAGCAAAACCCUUCUUAUUGUACAGAAACCUCUAACUCUCCGGACUGGUUCCUCUAGUCUUGGUGUCUUGCAUAGCUCGAUCUUGACCACCAUGGUUAACCAAACCAGAAUGUUGUACAAAGUUGUCGAGCCGUUUGCGCAAGCACUGGUAUAAUGCGCAUAACACCAGAGGCCUCUGACCCAUCGAGCGGCGACGGUGCUCGUUCAGGACGAAAGUUGGCUUGGGCGCUGCCGACAGCCCAAGCGGACGCGGAGACAGAUGCCAUUAAGGCCCACAUCCGUGACCUAGAGGCGCCUCCGUCUCCGCCGUCGGCUCUGCUAGCCCCCGGCGGUCUACCCGGCGCGCUUUCCUCACCAUCAUCCCUUCCACCAGCGUCCCCUGGCUUCCCUAUAUCACCCUUCCAUGGCUCAGCAGCGAAGGACGGCACGGAUUCCACCACAGCCUCCAACGGUGGUGCGGGCUGGGCGCUGCUACGCAAGCACCAUGCAGCCACAUCGCUAUCCACACGACAGCGUGGCGCCACGACUGCAGUGCUCGCAGUCAGCACCAUGGCCGCGUCUAUGCGGCGACGCCAGGGCCGACAGUACGGCACUGUUGGUGGCGGGGGCGGCGGAGGCGGAGGAAGCGGUGCUGGUGGCGGCAUGGGUCGUCGCGGUAUGCGGGUUCGGCAGCAGGAGCCUACUGUCCGGCUUCAGGAGAAGGUCUGGCGCGCGCUGAGGGACGCGAAGGAGACGCCUGGGAUGCGCGGUUGGGUGUUCAGACGCGGGGUGCCGAUGGUGGGGGCGACGCUGUUUUGCUGGGACGUCAUCUCAGAUGCCGUACUUGCAAAGAACCUGUUCAAGAACGGCUACCCCAAAGUGGGCAUGCUCACCAUGGUUUUCAUGUUCGCGCACUACCUCCCCACCUACAUCAUGCUCCUCCGAGCCGCCAACCAGUCCUUCUUCACGCAGCACUUCAUGCUGCUCUCUGCGGCCGCAUCCGCAGCCUCCGACCCAAGCGCUGCUGCCAGCGCUGCCGCCGCCGGCGCCUCGGGCGGCUCCUCGGCUCUGUCCGCGGCGGCGCGGAUGUUGGAGUCGCUGCAUUUCUUCUUCUACGUGCUGCUGGUGGUGUUCGGGCUGCCGCUGCUUCCCUUCCUGGACCUGUACAUGGUGCUGACGGCGGUGGUGCUGACCACAGACCGGGGGGAUGCAGGCUAUGUCAUGCGCACGGCGGAGGACUUUUGCCGCCAGUACGAGCGCGUGCGACUGCCCCUGGAGUGCUUCCUGGAGAGCCUGCCACAAACAGCGCUGCAGGUGUACCUGUAUAUCCAAACUCGCUCGGGGUCGGCUGCAGAAGCCGUACAGGUGUCCCAGAACGUGUUGACCGUCUCCCUGUUGGGCAGUGUGCUCAACUUCAUCAACGUCAGCUGGGAGAUGUACAACGCGUGGCGCGCCAGUGGAGACACGCUGCUGGAGUACCUGGACGCGCUGAUCAGGCUGCAGGGAUCCACUAAGGUCCCCAUCGAGGCGCAGAACGCCAUGCUGGAGCGCAUCGCCGACCACCAGCGCCGCGUGCUGGACCACGACAAGGCCGCUCAUGCGGCGCACAUGGGCCGCAAAGCCGCUCGCCGGGGCGGCGCCGACUGCAAGGAGGAGGGCCGCAGCGACGAGGGCGAGGAUGCCGCCUCCGACAGCGAUGAAGCCCACAAGCGGGUGCUGGAGGGGUCGCGGAGCUACUCCAGCGAGGAGUCCAAACGCAGGAACGCGCGGAUGUACGGUGUGCCGCCCUCCCUGGUGUUCACGGUGGGAGGCCCCGGAGACACCGUGUACCAGGCCCUGAGUGCCUUCCAGCGCCGCAGCCUAAUGGACGUCCUCGCCAUGCCCUCCAAGCUGCAAAUGUACAGCCUGCGUGCAGUACAAAUGCUCAACGUCGACCCCUCCGUCGCCGCCCGCCUGCUCCGCCGCGUUUCCACGCUGCCGCCCCACCUUCACAUCGUGGGCGCCUGGCAGGGCCGCCGCAGCGCUGCCGCCACGGCCUCGUCCGGCUCUGCUGGCAGCGGCGCCGGGCAGCUGAACCCCUCCUACCUCAACCUGAUCUGCAAAGUCCUGCCGGACGCCGCCUUCGAGACGGAUCCGCUGACCCCGCUGAUCGACCUGCACCUCUCCCGACUGGCUCUGACCGGCUACUACUCGGCUUCAGGCGCCAGCAGCGGCAGUGCGGGCGGUUCCGCGGCCGCUGACGCCAGCGCGCGUGUGGGUCGCGCCCUGGCGCAGGUGCUGGAUUUCCAGCCCUCCCUCCGCCGCUUGGUAGUCGACCACUGCGAUGUCUUCGUGCCGCUCAUGCUAGAGGCCUUGGACGCGGAGGUGCAGGAGUUGUACCACCUGGGCAGAGCUCAUGGCGGGCUGCAGGAAUCGGUGUACGGCAGUGUCACAGGCGGUGCGGGAGGUACCGCUGGUGGUGAUGGUGGCAAGGGCGGUGGCGUCGCUGCCGUCCUUGCUGCGGAGGAGGCGGCGUUUGAAGCGAAGAGGGCGAGGAUGUCGGGAGGAAGAGGCGGAGGAGGAGGCGGUCAUGGCGGUGACGUCAUCACGGGUCCGCGGCUGCUUGUUGUGUUGCACACGGAGGGAGGUCCGGAGCUGGAGUCAUGGCUUGAGGAGCGUGCCAGGAACGCGGGGAGUGUGGCGGCGGUGACGGCGGCAGCAGCAGCAGCGGGAGCGACGUCCAUGGGUUUGACGUCGGCUCCUUCUGGGACGUUGAGGAGUACGGUGGCAGCAGGAGGGGGUGUGGUGGGAGGAGGUGCAGCAGUGGAACCGCUGAGGGAGCUCCACCUGAUUCCGAACUACCGACCACGCGCCAUUUCACCGGACUCAAAGGUCAUCCUGGUGCCCUGUCCCCGCGCCGUCGGCCUGCUGGACCUCCUCUCAGCCGGCCUGAGCUCCCUCCUGGUGCCCCCCCGCCUGCCCCUCAACAACACCGAGCUGCGGAGCGAGGACGCGGCCGCCAUCGGCGCCUGUCUGGUGUUCAACCGCAGCAUUGAGGCCCUGGACAUGCGCUCCACGGGGCUCAGCGCGGACAGCCUGCUGCACAUGGUUCCGGGGCUGCAGGCGCACAGCAGCCUGACGUCCAUCGACCUGAGCAGCAACAACAUCGGGGAUGUGGGCGUGGAGGGGCUGAUGUCGGCGGUGGUGCACCUGCCGGCGUUGAGCACGCUGGUCCUGGCCCGGUGCGGCAUGGGCGCUCGUGGCGCGGACGCCCUGGGCGGGCAGCUGCUGGCCACCGGCGCGCACACUCGGAUUGCCGAGCUGGACCUGCAGGACAACAAGGAGGACUGCGCCACCCCCGUGCUGGAGUGGGUGAGCUUCCUGCACCAGAAGCGCACCGGCAAGCAGGCCAAGGCGCCCACCUCUCACAGGAUGGAGCUGGGGGAGAACGGCCCAGUGAUUCCGCUCUUCGGGAGCACCGGCGACGUCAUCUCAGCCUGUCGAGACGUCCUGACCAAGGACCCCGCCGCCCCGGCCGAUAGCAGCAGCGGCGCCUCUUCCUCUUCUCCUGCCACCGUGGAGCCUACAACACUCGAGCUGCCGUCCUCGGGGGGUCACGACCACUCAUCACUGGUCAUCAUUGCCAUCACCGCCGCCAACUCGCACUGCCCGCUGUCCCUGGACCUCUCGAACUGGUCCCAGUACACCCACCCAGCAGUCGGGCCCAUGCAGCUCUUGGGCUUCAACCACGCACGCGGCUCCUCGGCCUUCCUGGCAGCGGUGGUGGGCGGGCUGCUGGGCACUGACGCCGCGCACGUGCAACACCUCGACCUCACCGCCACACCCCUGGCGGCACCCAGCGGC